GCUACUGAAAAUGGCGAUAUUUGUUCGAAACUGGCAAAAGGAGACCAGGAUGCAUCAGUACUGGACAACUUCAGUGAAAGCAUCCUGAUGACCUCAGGCACUUCAAGCACUGGCCAGGAGACAGCAGCAUUGCCGGGUUGUUUCGGCUUUCAGCAAUCUGCGGCAAUUGAAUCGCUCAGUCCACAACUCCAAGCGCUACUUAUUCCACUUGCCCGUGCUUCCUCGACCAUAUCGGAACAACUGACGCUUCAGUACCCCUUCCUUUUGGCGCCGCUCGCCGCACGUCUAAAACCUGACUUGGACCUGGUACCGUCACUCGGAGCAGCUGCCAAAGGAAAACCGACGAUGGCGGAGUGUACGACGAAUGGUGAUGCGGAAGAACUGCAUGCUGCUAAUUCGGGUACUGCCGACAAAACAGCUUUGAGCGAGUUGGGGAAUAUUGCGUCAGCGGGCUCAUUGGACGUAUUGCUGGAUAAAAGUUUGAAAGAACGCUUUCUGCUUGCUGCGCAGUUGCUUCUCUCAGAACAACAACGUGAAAAAGAAGCGCUGCUACACGAAAGGGAAAUGCUACUCAAACAGAACAACGAGCUACGCCGUGAAAACGUGCUGUUGCGCAAUAUUUUGGCCAGCAGCACAGUGCUGGCUGGAUUGUCUGCUACAGCCAAGGGCACCGUGUCGUGA